ACGCCUGCUCUCUAUUGCAAAACCUCCUCGUGUUACGAAAGCGCACACACGUGAGGUUGUAAACAAGAGAGUGGAUGAGGACGGCCAUUCUCCAAACUCAAUGAUAUGAGGGCCCGUUUCUUUCCCCUGGCAGUGUUUGCCAGUGUCCUCUGUCUGUGUCACAGCUACACCUUGAGGAGCUCGGUGUCCUGGGUCGUCUCCUCCAACGAUGUGGUGGAGGAAGCGGACCUGUCGGAGGAGGUCGCCCCGGCGUUGCUGGUGGACAGUGCCGGGCUGUGGAAGCAGGCUUACCCGUCCUCCAACGUCCUCGGAGACAGCGUGGACAGCCCCGGAGAGCUAGUCAAGCCAGAAAGCGACAAUGUGGCGCAGCUUUCCUCUCGCCUGUUUUCAUAUCGGCUGGAGAAGGUGAGCAGCAGCAGCAGCAGCGGUCCUCCCCCGCACCAGGAGACCGCCAGGACUGCCAGAUACAUAGCUCAUUACAGUGACUGGGGACAUCUGGCCACCAUUUCAACUCAAGACAAGAUCAAAGGUCUCCCCUUUGGGAACAUCUUCUCAGUCAGUGAUGGACCGCUGGACAACAGCACUGGAGUCAUCUAUUUUUAUGUGACUCCGAUGGACAACACUGUAUCAGACCUGAAAAGUUACCCCUAUGCCUCUCUCACAUUCUCAGAGGCCGAGGGAGAAUUCUGCAGGCAAAUGGUGUAUGAUCCAGAGGAUCCAAGAUGUGCUCGACUCACAUUAACAGGCAAGAUGGUGGAGGUGGCCCCAGAGGAGCUCGCGUUUGCAAAGGAGGCGAUGUUCUCAAGACAUCCUGUGAUGGCAAAGUGGCCAGUGGGACACAAGUGGUUCUUCAUGAAGCUGGAGUUGAUUCAGGUCUGGCUGCAGGACUGGACUGGAGGCAUAUCACUCAUUCCACUGGAGGACUACUUUAAAGCUACGCCUUUCUGAGAAUAUCUCUUCCUCUGCAUCAUGUCAGUCUAUACAGAUCAGUUCAGCUGUCUACACCACAGAUGUCGCUCUAAUGAAGGGGGAAGAAUUCCCAAAGCAGCAAUGUGCAAAAUUUUUUUUCAGAAUCUUUUUCAAAUACUGUUGCUAUCUUAAUUUGUGAAAGUGAUUUUUUUUCUCUCUUCCCCUUCAACUUGGCUUGUCACACAAAAUCGGUUUCCUGUGUUUUGGUGUGUGAAUGUAUUUUUAAUUAUAUGUCAUUUAAUUUAUUCUUUAUAAACAUUGAU